GCACACACUCAAAAACACACACACACUCAAAAACACACACACACACUCGCUCAAUCUCUCUCUCUUACCCUCAAAAAAGGUGAGUACUCAAAAAAGAGAGGAGAGAGAAAGAAGACGGGUGGGGUUCGAGACAGGGAAGCAGCGUUGAAUUGGGGGAGGUUUGGUUUGGAUGUGCUAAGCCGUUUCUUUUUCAAUUCAAAUCUAACUGUAGAUUUCCCUAUUUUUAAUGGGUGACUGAUUAACUGGGAAUCGAUCUCUCUCUCUCUCCUCAAUCCUCAGCAAAACUGAUUUCAGCAGUGAUGAGAAUGGGUGUUAAAUUAGGCGGACUUGCGUUCUUGUGGUUGUGCCUUUUCGUUUCUCUAGUUUCCGCAGCCAGAUUGCAUUCAUCUUCUCGCCAGAAAUUUCAGGUCCAGAAGCAUCUCAACCGUUUGAAUAAACCUCCUGUCAAAACCAUUCAGAGCCCAGAUGGUGAUAUCAUUGACUGUGUUCACAUGAAUCAUCAGCCAGCCUUUGAUCAUCCUUUCCUCAAGAACCAUACCAUUCAGAUGAGGCCUAAUUACCAUCCUGAAGGGCUUUUUGGUGAGAGCAAGGUCAAUAUUAAUUCUAGAACUGAACCGCGAAGCAAUCCAAUCACUCAGCUGUGGCACGCCAGUGGUAAAUGUCCUGAGGGUACUAUCCCCAUUAGGAGAACCAAGGAGGAUGAUGUAUUAAGGGCCAGUUCUGCUAAGAGAUAUGGAAGGAAGAAGUAUCACCGCUUUGCCAAGCCCAGGUCUCCAGAUCCCGACCUUGUCAACGAAAGCGGCCACCAGCAUGCAAUUGCAUAUGUUGAAGGAGACAAGUAUUACGGAGCAAAGGCAACCAUAAACGUUUGGGAACCUAAAAUUCAGCAGCCCAACGAGUUUAGCUUGUCUCAAAUCUGGAUUUUGGGAGGCUCCUUUGGUGAAGAUCUUAAUAGUAUUGAAGCUGGUUGGCAGGUGAGCCCUGAUCUUUACGGAGAUAAUAACACCAGGCUUUUCACAUACUGGACGAGUGACGCAUAUCAGGCCACGGGUUGCUACAACCUCCUAUGCUCAGGAUUCAUACAAAUUAACAGCGAGAUAGCAAUGGGCGCAAGCAUCUCUCCUGUCUCUGGGUUCCGUAGUUCCCAAUAUGACAUCAGUAUCCUCGUCUGGAAGGAUCCAAAGGAAGGGAACUGGUGGAUGCAGUUUGGAAACGACUACGUACUGGGGUACUGGCCAUCAUUCUUGUUCUCGUAUUUGGCGGAUAGUGCUUCAAUGAUAGAAUGGGGAGGGGAAGUGGUAAACUCCGAACCAGAUGGGCAGCAUACGUCCACUCAAAUGGGGAGCGGCCGUUUCCCAGAGGAAGGCUUUGGCAAAGCAAGUUACUUUAGAAACAUACAGGUGGUUGAUGAAUCUAACAACCUCAAGGCUCCCAAAGAUAUUGGUACCUUCACUGAGCAGUCCAACUGUUAUGAUGUUCAAACCGGCAAUAACGGUGAUUGGGGUCAUUACUUUUAUUAUGGAGGUCCUGGCAAAAAUUCCAAAUGCCCUUAGCGUCUAAUAGAACAUUACCAAAAAUACUGCAGAGUAGAGUACAAUAUUAUUAACCUUAAAAUCAAUUAAUCCCCCCCCCCCCUCCCCCGAAGAAAAAAAAAAAGAAAAAAAAAUCAUUGCGGAGGCAAAGGCACCCCAAAGGGAUUGGCCCCCUUCUCUCAUCAUAUGUUAUUCUGUAAUAUUCGAUCGAUCUUGGUGUUUGUACCGUAAUCUCUUCUCUUUCUCUCUGUCUCUCGUUUUUUUUUUUUUCCGUCCAUUCCAUUAUGGAUGUCCUAUCCUCCCUUGAAUUUUGAAUGUAGGGUGGUCAGUGGUGCAUGUAGAAUUUGGUUUUUGGGUGUAGUUAUUGAAUAUGACGUGAUUGUGUAAUUUAUUUUUCAUUGCAACUGGUAUUGGUUUUGAAACUUCUCCUCCAUGUAAGUGUAAUGGGGAGGAUGCAGCGUUUCUUUCUUUUCACUGAACUCACAAGGAGCUGGUCUGCUUUCAAUUCUAGUAGUUCAUAGUAUUUGUAAUCAAUUUGUAGUAAGUAGCAUUCCAUAAAUUGGGUUUUUUAGUUUUGCAGUCAA